GGCUCAUCCCUAAUUACGCAGCUUUUAUUAUUUUUAUUUUAACAACAAUGUCGAAGAUAUUUACCCCGACAAAUCAAAUACGCCUCACAAAUGUCGCUAUUGUGAGGUUGAAAAAGGGAGGCAAACGCUUUGAAAUAGCCUGCUAUAAAAAUAAAGUGCUUUCUUGGAGGAGCAACAGCGAAAAGGACAUCGAUGAAGUGCUGCAGACCCACACAGUGUUCACCAAUGUCUCCAAAGGACAGGCGGCCAAGAAGGACGAGUUGCAGAAGGCCUUCAAUAAAACAGAUGAAACGGAGAUUUGCAAGGAGAUCCUGAGCAAGGGAGAACUCCAGGUGUCGGAAAAGGAGCGUCAAAGUUGCCUGGACACCCAGCUGAACAGCAUAGUCAAUUCCGUGGCUGCCCUUUGUGUAAAUCCGGAGACCCGUCGUCCAUACUCCGCCUCCAUCAUCGAGAAAUCGCUGAAGGAUGCCCACUUCUCUGUGAAGAUGAACAGGAACACCAAGCAGAACACACUGGAGGCCAUUAAGAUGCUCAGGGAGCACCUGCCCAUCGAAAGAUCACGCAUGAAGCUGCGGGUUAGCUUCGCAGGAAAAGAGGGAGGUGGCAAGCUCAAGGAGUCGGUGGUCAAGCUGGCCAACACCGUGGAGCACGAGGAAUGGGACGAGGCCACAUUGCACCUCACUUUGCUCAUAGAUCCUGGCCAGUAUCGCGUCAUUGAUGAGUUGGUGAGGAACGAGACCAAGGGCAAAGGACUGCUGGAGCUGCUCGAACUGAAGGAAGUUGUGGAGAGCGAGGAACUGUUCUAGAAAUUUUAACCCCCCCUAAAAAUCAUCCGUUUGGUAAUGUUUAUGUAAAACAUAAAUGAGACUAUGUGAAAAUUAUAACGAUUUUGAUUUCUUGAAAAA